CUUAAAAUGGCAACCUGUAGCUGGCUGUGGUGUCUACAUUCGCACACACAAAGCCACAAUGUCAUUGUAGCUUAAUCGGUAACACUUCUCUUGAUUCAUUAAGAACGGGAUAAAUACUCUUUAAGAGGCAUGGGGCGGGUGGAAAUGUACUGUAGAUGCACAGCGUUCAAGUCAACAAGUCAGAACUGUUGUUUGAUUGAAUGACAUUGCUUGACAGCUCGUGAAUUAUAUCUAAAUCCGAUUUUAAUUAUAUCAAAACAACAUGGAAGGGGUCAAACAUCAAAACAACACAGUACAAAACGAGUUAAUGCGUAAAACAUAUCAGUGAGUAAAUAUUAAUACGCCCACAUUUAGGACCCGGAGGAAAAAUGGCGCUGUCGGCAUCUUUCGAGGCGGAAAUGAAACCUUUGGAAAAUUAAGUGAACAAAAAUAUAAACCAGGAAGAUUGUAAUAUUGAAGUGCAGAGGAAGAGGAGGGAAAGCCAGUGCCGCGAUUUUCCCACUGGUGUCAGCGUGGCUUCAUGUCAGAUAAAUGUGUGGAUUUUUACUCAAACGGCAUCCCAGCUGGCCGUAGGACUCCGGCUACUCUUAAUGAAGAGAUGCUCUCCUUGUUUCGCGAGGUCUGUCCGUAGCAUCGCUUUCGGAUUAAAGUCCUGCUGUUGAGAAGCGAUGGACAGCGCGGUGACCCUGUGGCAGUUCCUGCUGCAGCUGCUCCUGGACCCCAGCAACGAGCACCUGAUCUGCUGGACCUCCAGGGACGGGGAGUUUAAGCUGCUGCAGGCCGAGGAGGUGGCCCGGCUGUGGGGCGUCCGCAAGAACAAGCCCAGCAUGAACUACGACAAGCUGAGCCGCGCGCUGCGCUACUACUACGACAAGAACAUUAUUAAGAAGGUGAACGGGCAGAAGUUUGUGUACCGCUUUGUGUCCUACCCAGACAUUCUGAGUGGGGAUGUCAGUUCGACGGGCAGGGCAGAGGGCGCAGUCGAGGGGGGCAGUGCAGGCUCCCUGCCGCCCUUAGAGAAGAGUGCUGUCCCCAGAGACAAGGAGAACCGGGCCGCAGGGGAGAAGACCCAAAGCUCUAACAAGCCAUCCAGCCGCAACGACUACAUCCACUCCGGCCUCUACACUUCGUUCACGUUGACUUCCCUGCAGGCUGGCACCCAGCUCUUCAAGUCCAUCAGGGUGGAGGACCCGGGGGAGAAACUGGCCGAGAAGAAGGAGAAGGCCAGCCAGGAGCAGCCGCAGUCUGUCAUCAAGUUUGGGACCACGCCUUCUUGGAAGACUCCAGCAGGGUCCCUGGAUGCCAAUCAACAGGCCACUCCCCCUGGCAAGCCACACCCACUGCAGGCCCUGACCUCUAAAAACAGUGAGGUUAUUAGGGAGGCCCCGCCUCUCCCUCCUCCCCUUCACUCUAGUCCACCUCCUUCUCAUGAGGAGGCCCCACCCACAGUGGCGCACGCCCCCACUGCCUUUGCAGACACGCCCCCAGUCUCUGCCUUCUCUCCCUCUCUCCCCUCCCGUUCCCCCUCCCCUGCCAAUGCUCCUGACUCCAUCCAGGACCUGGUGAUUGACAGUGACAUCGAGUCCAUCUCCUCACAGCCCUCUGAAGUGCCACUGCAGGUGCAGCCAGCUCCUUCGUCCCAGGAGGCCAGCGGCCCGGAGUGGGAGGCGGAAAGGUCCCCGGGUCUCAGCAGCAGCGGGGGCAGCAGUCACAGCGGCAAGGCCAAGAAACCCAAGGGCCUGGAGCUGACGCCCAUUCUCGUGGUGACCAGCAGCGACUUCAGUCCUGCGAGCCUGGCCAGCCCCUCGCUGCCCACCGCCUCCCUCACCCCCGCCUUCCUGCAGACCCCCACCCUGUUACUGACUCCCAGCCCUCUGCUCUCGAACAUCCACUUCUGGAGCACGCUCAGCCCGGUGGCGCCACUCAGCCCCGCCAGGAGACAGGGGGCGCACACCCUGUUCCAGUUCCCCUCUGUACUCAACACACACAUGCAGCUGCCUGUGUCCAACAUGGACGGCUCUGGGACGCCAGGACCUCUGUCCCCUGAUCCUCAGAAGACGUAGAGGAGAAAUCUAGACCCUCAGGUGGACUCGGAUGCGAACCUGUGGCCAUUUUUAUUGUAUUGCUGACAAUCAUCUGCCUGCUGGCCAAACCUGGCCUUCACACAAGGGGGUUAGGGGGCAGGGGAGGGGGAGGGGAUGGGUCACAGGCACUGGCUUCAGUGAUGCUUUCCUUUUGGCUGCAGCUGUCUGGGAAAGAGGAAGAAUUUGUUUCUUGCAGAUGAUGGACAUCAGGGGUAGAGUUUGACAGCAACACUCGUGGAGCCCAGAGCCUUCAUGGGCGGCGGUGUUACAUUUUUGGUGCUUAAGUGAAGGUGAGAAAGGCAGAAGACUGUCUGAACUGACAGUAGGAGUCUUCAACCUCUUUCUACCCCAGAGGGCAACCGGUUGGUCGGUCUUUGGAAACAACUUUUUUUUGUUCUGAAUUGCUUUCUUGGUAAAAUCUGUAGGACCCUUACAGAGCUGUGUGACUCGGCCUUAGCAGAAGGCACAGCUGUCGUGAGGAGCUGAGUUUGUUGCCCUUGGAGGCAGGUUGGAGAUUUGCAAUGAAACCCCGCUGCCAUUGAGAAGACCCCUCGUCCGUUUGAAAGGAACAGGCGCUGAGAACAUCGGUGUCGGGUGUUCAAGAGAAAACUGUCCAGGAACCGGAAAUUCUGGGUUUUUAUUUUUCCUUUAGUACAGUUUUCCAGACAGAAAAUGUGCCAUUGUUCUGGUUGUUUCAGUUAAUGUUUUUUUGUCUCCCAUUUUCAUCUUGGAGUUAUGCGGAGGAAUCUGAUGUCUUUCUUUCUGUGUGCAAGGAUGUCGGUUCACCACUUUCCUUAACUUUCCUUCCAAGAUCCCAAGGGAAGUUCAGGUCAAGGUGUGCGUACUUAUUUUUUGGCUUUGAAGUCCUGGUUUUCAGAGAACUCAGUUCAGGAGCUCAAUGGCUAGAAGAGGAGUUCUGUAUUGCCAUAAGGCGAAAAUGCUUACACUAUUCCCAAGAAAAACAUAUUUCUUGACUCGUUUUUGCUUGGCUUGCUUUCUAAAAGGAAAUUAUUUUUUUGGACUCUUUGAAAUCAAGUGCUUUAUUUUAAAGUAGAACUACGGCGUACAUGCUUAGGUGUUAAAAGAAUCAUUUUAAUAGAAAAUGAUAAACAUCUCGUGUAGUCAGAACUGCAAUACAGCUAGUUGUUUGUAACAGCUAUACUGAUGUUUUAUUAUCACUCCAGCCUCACGGAUGACGCAGUGUUAACUCUGACGUUGGCAUAAUUUGUGAUGUCACUAGUGCUGAGCCCAGCAUUGCUAAUGGUGGUGCAAGGAGCCCUGUUUUUAAACCCUUGCUUUUAAGUAAAUGGCUUUCUUGUUAGUCCUAUAUGAGCAAUAAUCAUUGUGAGCCUUAAAUGAUCCUAAUUCCUCUCUGCUCACCACAGCUCUUAUUGAGGGUGUAACUGUUGGCUGAUUAAGACGAAUGGAUCUCCAGUUACCUGUAAAGUGCAAUGGCUCAACGACAUCAACCAGAUUGAGAACACUGGUUUAAAAUUCACUAGAGGCAUCCUGUCAGAAUUACAGCCUUUCCUCUUUAUUUCCCCGCAGUUUAGAGCUGUUCCCCUGUAGAACCUCACAGUUAAUUAUGCUAAGAUUACCCAAUACUGAUGGGUAGAAAUGUAAUUUAGAAAUAUGAACCUGCUCCUGGGCCUUGCUUUUUCCUAAAAGAGCUGAAGUUCUUCACAGACCAUGGGCUCUCUAUACAUGUGCACUGUUUAUCAUGAUGUAGGAUGCAGUUUGGUUUUACGAUGAAGGGCGGGUGUCAUAGCCUGUGAAAUGACAGGUGCAUGAUUACGUUUAUAAAUCAUUUCCAGAAUGCUGGGUUUCGGUAGAUAAAUUGUAUUAAAUUAUUUGAAGAUCCUGACAUGUAAGAAAUGCUAGUUAAUUUUAUUUUGACACUUGUGACUGGAACCCUUCAUGCAAUAGUCUGCAGAGAGGCAAAUAUUUAUCUCAUUCCAAAGCUGUUUGUUGUCAGGUCCUUCCUGGCAAAGGUCAAGCUUUCCAAAAGUAAAACAAUAGAAGCGUGCUGUAUCUAUUGAGCCAGUUUGGUGGCGUGUGGCUAUUGUCUCAACAUGUUGCCCUUAAAAUCAUGAGUAUUUAUGAGCCUAUGUUUCUGCAGAGCAGUGCUUUCUGGCUUGCAUUGGGAAUUCAAGACUGGGCCUGCAGUGACAGAGACGGAGAAGAUGCACUGUUUUUUGGAGAAGAAGCUAUCUUCUCUGUUAUAAAAAAAAAAAAAACAGGAGGUGUUGUGCCGUUAAUUCCACAGAUUCUUUCCAAAAUCUAAACACAUUAAAGAUGUGUUGUAAAAAUCACCCAAUGAGUUUCCUGUGAUGUGCACGGAGAUAGUGAGAGCUGAGUGUUAGCAACAGGAAUGACUGCCCGUGCAGUUUCAGGGGUACCUGUCAGAGUUCAAGGUGAUAAUUGACUGCUAGCAACCGGUUAUGUGUAAAGAUAGGCAGAAGCCACAGAAGCACCAUACAGCGGUAUUGCACAUUGUACAGGUGUUAGAGAAAUGCCUGUAGAAAAAUAGCCCUCCGAGUUAGGUUUUUCAUAAAAACCAAACCUCAGUCUGCUCAUAUUGGAGUGCCCUAAUGCGAAAGUAUUAUUGCCUGUGGCUUCUGUGCCACCUAGUUUAAAGGCCUCCAAACCCCUCGCUGUAAGGUGUUCAAAGAGGUGUCAUCUACUUUUUUUUCCUCUUUCUAAAAUCUGCAUUGCUUUGUGGAAUUUCGUGUUUACUGUAAUGAAAAAAAAAGUAUUUUUCUGGACCUUGCUCUUGUAAUUGACCUCCAAAAUGUCAGAACACGGACUGGACUACAGGGGAAAUUGGGCUUGACUUCUAUCACUGCCGUUGGGGACGAACUGGCUUCCCACAUCAACAGAUUUUUCUGGUGUUUUAGAACCUAGUGUUAAGUAAAAGUGUCGUACUGAGACCUCACCACCCCUGGAACUCCCUGGAAAGAGUGGAGACCAGCUCUGUAGCAGUCCCUGGUUCCAGAUGUGUGUUGCAUCUUGGUGGGUGAUAUGUUAAUUUGGGAUGAAGCCAUUGAACAUGACCGUUUAUAACUUUCAUACCUUGAUGUUUCUGCUGUGGGCUGACCCUUUUUUUUUGCACAUGGUGUGAUUUGCCAAGUUUGUUCCACAGCCUGAUGCCUUGACCAUCAAGGUCAACUUUUUAAAGAACAAAUCCUCCACGAUCCAUGAACACGACUCAGGUGGAUUGCCUAUGUUUCAUUUAUUCAUUUUUGCUCUUGUGCAAAACGUGCUGCACUCUCAAUACCUGAAUGAAAAAUGCUAAUGUGACCAAAAAAAAAUGUGAUCUACAAAAUCUUUAGUUUUUGCCUGAUUUCAGUCUUUUAGCAGUUUUUUUUUUAUCGCCUGUCACGGUUUUGAGAGGACUUUUGUACAAGGUCCUUUGGGGUCACACCUCUGGUGUCCAUGACAGGGUCACCCCCAGCAAUGCUGGCUCCUGCUUUCCCUGCUGGGUGGAAAGGAGCUAUUGGGGUACCUCUUCCGAGGAUCUCACAGCAGUGAGGAUGUGAACCCACAAUGUUCCAGUUCAGAGUGCAGAUCCCCAACAUCUAUCCUGUGGCCCCUAUAUGUGUGGUGUGCAAGGAACCAUCUUUUAACCUAAAAUUGAUAUUUGUGUGCUAAACAAGGCAGAUCUGAUGCAUAGGAACAAGGAAAGUUUUAUUCUAUGCUGAAAAGAGAAGAAAAGAAACAUAACGUUUCGGCUGUGGAGCCUUCUUUUUGUGUUUCCUUUCUUCUCUUUUCAGCAUGGAAUAAACCUUUACUUGUUCCUUUGCAGCCUACGCAUGCUGAAGUGGCUAACCUCCUUGAACUAGAUCUGGUGCAUAGUCUUAUCAAAAUGUUAAAGUUUCUAAAUCGUCUCUGACAAAUAACUCUCCACUGCCUUUCUCAUGAGGAAUGGUUGGAGUGAGCUGUGCUGUCUUUUCGACUCUCCUUUGAACCUUUAGCCUUAUGAACUUUUGUAUCUUAUUGUGUUUUUUUCCCUUUUAGUCUCCGUACAUGUGCAUAGUAAUGUUUAUCAGCACUUAAAAGAUGGGGUUCUUUGUAUAACUAGACAGUACAUUACCACUUUGUACAAUAUUUAUUUUGACUGUUGUUGUACCUGUUUCUUUUAGCUGGCAUUGUUAAUUUCUUUUGUAUUUGAAAAAUUUUAAGUAGUAUUGCUAUCAGAUUAAUUUCCCAUUUGAACAGCAAAAAUGAUCUAUGCACAAAGUACUUUAUGCUGCAAGGUGUUUGACAAAAACUGGACACAACGCUUAGGAUUUUUUUCUAAGAUUGACUUUGUUUAAGUAACUCCUUUGUUUAAGAAGUUUUAAGAAUGAUCAAUUUUAUAAAUUGCAGUUGCUCUUUCUCAAAGUUUCAAGCAGACCAUAAAUAUAUCUUAUUCCAUUUGUUUGAGAUAGAAGAUGAAUGUGAAUGUUAUUAGGUUGGUUAACAAAACCAUCACCGAUUUCUAGGCUAAUGAGAAGGCUUGGUUGGUCCAAUGAUUACACUCAAACGCUUGAUGCUAAGAGGUUUCUGGUUCAAGACGCAUCUGUGCCACAGACUAUCUGUGUACCUCUUUGAGAGAGACUCUGCACAAGCAGUUGCUUUAUUUAUGUCUGUUACUUUGAAUAGGAGGAUCUGCUGGAUUGAUUACCUAUAUGAUUACCACAGGGGAGGAAGGUA